CUUGAUGAAGACAAGCAGAGGAGGGUCAAACUGUCAACGGAAAUCUCAAGCCUCUGUAGCUUCUCAUCAUGCAAGACACGAGGCAUGUUCCGAACCCUCUACGCCCUUACUAUGUCCCUCCAUCGAUAGGAACCGAGCCACUUUCCAACUCCAGCGCAGGCACAUCCAAGCCUUCCUCAGGUCCAGCCUUCUCCUUCCCCGACAUCGACUACUCGGAUUAUAUACCUGAAGCAAGCCCUUCCAUUACCGGGUCAGUCAAGUCAGUGAUUGAUCGAGCAUUUUGGAAAUACGCAAAUGUUCUCCUAGCACAGCCCUUCGAAGUCGCGAAACUCGUUCUCCAAGUACGCGUUGCACAGGAAGAUGAUGAAGAACUGCCAAAGCAAAAAAGGCAUGCAAGCGAAGACGAACUACUUGGCGAUUAUGAUGAUAACUCUUCCGACAACGAACCCAAUUACUUUACCUCAGCUGCACCCUAUGAAAGGCCUAUCUCGAGUCAUUCGCCGCCUCGUGGCCGGCGUGGAAGGCCACAGCCAGGGGACAAAUCACCCCGAUACACUAGUCAUGGUCAGCAAUCUGACGGGCGGAUACACCUGAAAAAUCCCCAUUCGCUUCUCGAUGCGCUCUCAGCACUGUCUUCAAGCAGCGGUGCGUUGGCUAUGUGGCGGGCUACAAAUUCAACAUUUGUCUACAACAUACUGAGUCGGACAUUGGAGACAUUCUUCCGAAGUUUUCUGGCAGCCGUGUUCGGAGUAGCUGAAAAUGACAUCCUAGUCCCAGCAUCUUCAGGGGCGAUACCCGACACCUCCAUUCUCAAUUCCACCGCUCCAGCCGCUACAGUUCUUAUUGCGACUGCAGCGGCCGCAUUAUCCUCGCUCGUUCUGGCUCCAAUCGAUGCUGCCAGGACCAGACUCAUCCUCACACCUUCCAGUCAAGAGCCACGCACACUGUUGGGAACACUGAAAACGUUACCUACGGCAUACCUGAUUCCAGUCCACCUCAUCCCUAUCACCUUCUUCACCUCCACAUUACCAACGUUGAUUUCUACCAGUACUCCGGUAGUGCUGAAGUCUUACCUGGGUCUCGACCCAGCGAUGAAUCCCGCGACCUGGAGCCUUGCGACCUUCGCUGGAUCUGCGUUGGAUCUGUCAGUCAAGUUUCCCCUGGAGACCAUCCUACGACGUGCACAGAUUGCGACAUGGACAUCUCCUUCAUACUCGCCACCUUCGACGUCUUCGAAGCGCAAGGCAAUCACAACAAUUGUUCCUGUGCCACAAUCUUACCGGGGAAUUCUGCCUACAAUCUGGAGUAUUACACGAGAAGAAGGGUAUUCCGAGUCUCAAAAGGACAAGACAGCAGCGUUGAUGGGCAAAGCACCCAGAAGGAAGCGCAAGGGUCAAGGCAUCGAAGGCUUGUAUCGUGGCUGGAGAGUUGGUUUCUGGGGACUUAUUGGAGUCUGGGGAACCUCGUUUGUUGGAGGGCUACAGAGUGGUACUGAGGCAGCCACGGCUGAUACUGGCGUUCACGGAGGUAAAUUUUAGAGCUCGAACAUACUGCUCACGGUCUCUAUUGGGGUACAGUUGUUGCGUGGAUGGAAAAGCAUGGCGUUCAGGGUGUUAGUUGAUGAUACCCCUACUCUUCUCCGUCGUGAUGAAUAAUACAGGCCUCUUGUAUAAUGUAUAAACAACCAUGACCUGUA